GAUAUUUCAUGUCUAACAAUCUACUGACUCCUGUCCCUUCAGAACGACUUCUUGGACCUGGGUAUGGACAAGGUGUAUGGCCUUUGCGUGAACGUUUGGCACUUGCUACUGCUCUUUUGGAUGUGGAUAAUCAGCAAGGAAGUUGGGCUGCCACUAGUCGUCGUAUGAUGUGUUUUUCUAGACCAGGUCGACCGUCUACAUGGUGUUCAUCUAAAGCUUGUGCCAAACAAUAUGCUCUACUUCUGGAUUCCAUUGAGUUAGUUAAGCGACAGAAGAUGCCAGGAAGUGAUUCUCAGUCAAGCCAGUUAAGUUUAGCUGAACGUGUUGUGAAACGAUUAAGUGCUGAACGUGCAGAAGAGUUGAGAUCGCGAAUACAAUGUGGUCAACGAUACUACAGGUGUGCUUUAUUCCAUUUAUAUGUUUCAAAUUAG